UAACUGCAGCCAAGUCAAGUCCUCAGAGAAACACCUGCCAACACCAUUAGAGGCCAGAACCGUCUUCAUGGUAGAGUGAAACCGUCCCCAGACACCAGGCACAUCCCAAAGAGACACACGGGCCAUCCAUGUGACCAAUUCUCCAACCAGAAGCGGGGCACUAGGAUGAGUCAGACAUGUCCAGAGGGCAGAGGGAGUCUGGAUCACUGGCAGCUCAGGAACGACAUGUGUAGCUCGACGGCGGGAGGAAAAGAAAGAGAGGGGGAGAGAGAACAGGGCAGGGGAGCGCACAAGAGGAGAGAUAACAGUUAGGUAUGGUCACAGCCACAUAGUGCAUAAGGUGAAUGUAGGCUAAAUUUAGUGUAGAGUGCAAGCAGGGACUCUGGCAGGACUAACAGCAUAAGUAAAAUGAAGGAAACACAGGCAUGAGGGCUCCCUGAGAUGUAAAGCAACCAAUCACCUCACAGUCAAAAACAUAAAGACAGUCGUUGCAAUGGCAAGGGAUGUGGGCAAAUGCUGAGCUGGUGUGUCCACAGUGUGCUUAUUGAUUCUUGUAUGACUGUCUCCUACCUGUACACACACACACACACACACACACACUUUACAAAUCCGUUCACCUUCAGCACCAUAGUAAUAGCCAUCUCCUAAAGUUUUAUUCGUUCAAAAGAUGAUUUUUUAAAGCUGUGGCUUCUUAGCACUGACAGUGACGAUGAUGCAGUAAGUCUGUAGAUUCAUGCGCAGAAACCUUUCCAUAGAGACGCAGGACGAAGGCAGGGGGCGCUCUUUUUCUUUUUUUUUCUCUUUUGGCUCUCUCCCCGGCAGCGUGCUGACAUCAGACACGCCGUACGGCCGCCUCGCGUGCGUCCGUCUCCAUGCCACGACUCGCUCUUUCGUUCCAUCUUGUGGAGCGGCGAAAGGGGGGACGCACGCACUAGUGUUCACGAGAUCUCGCGAGAGCGGCCGCGUGGCUGGCUGGCUGUGAGGUUGCAGCAGACGGAAGGAGAAGGCAGGCAGGCAUCAUGGCGGACAGAGACAGUGGAAGUGAGCAGGGAGGAGCGGCUACGGGCCCGGCUCUGAGCUCCAUGCACGCGGUGGCAGGAGGGGCGGGCUCGGCUUCCGGCCUGCAGCACGACACGCAGGAGCUCGCGUCCAAACGCGUCGACAUCCAGAACAAGCGCUUUUACCUGGACGUGAAGCAGAACGCAAAAGGCCGCUUCCUAAAGAUCGCCGAAGUGGGGGCCGGUGGCAACAAGAGCCGCCUGACGCUCUCCAUGUCGGUGGCCGUCGAGUUCCGAGACUACCUCGGAGACUUCAUCGAGCACUACGCGCAGCUCGGGCCCAGCAAUCCGGACACGGUGCAGGACGAGCCGAGGCGCGCGCUCAAGAGCGAGUUCCUGGUGCGCGAGAAUCGGAAGUAUUACAUGGAUCUGAAGGAAAACCAGCGCGGCCGCUUCCUGCGGAUCCGGCAGACGGUAAACCGGGGGCCUGGCUUGGGCUCGGCGCAGGGCCAGACCAUCGCGCUGCCGGCGCAGGGGCUCAUCGAGUUCCGCGACGCGCUCGCCAAACUUAUCGACGACUACGGCGUGGAGGACGAGCCUGCCGAGCUGCCCGAGGGCACGUCGCUCACUGUGGACAACAAGCGCUUCUUCUUUGACGUGGGAUCCAACAAGUACGGCGUGUUCAUGCGCGUGAGCGAGGUGAAGCCCACGUACCGCAACUCGAUCACGGUGCCCUACAAAGUGUGGGCCAAGUUCGGCAGCACGUUCUGUAAAUACGCCGAGGAGAUGAAAAAGAUUCAAGACAAGCAGCGGGAGCGGAGGGUCUGCGAGCAGCAGCAGCAGCCGGGAGAGAUGCACCCGGACGACGGGGAUGAGGAUUGAUAAUGAGCGGAGUGUUGGGAGGGAGGAUAACAUGCGGGAUAAAAUAAAAUAAAAAAAAUUACGAUCAAAAAACAAAAAAGCGAGACGACGCGUAAAAAGAACUUUACUGUACAAAUGAAAGAAACGUAAAGAUUUAACUGUAACGGUUUUAACUCCAAGGGGCAGUAAGUAUCCACAAACAUACAACAAACCUCCACAAGAUGACAGGUGCAACUCGUACCCCAUCACUGGAUGUGAUCCACUUACCCACCAUUAAUACAGUAAGCGGCUGCUAAACAGAGUAAUAACAUUAUAUAUGAACUGUGUUUCCUACUUGACUACAGAUAAAGAACUGAGUGUUUAUUUCCCUUAUUAACCGAGAACUUUUAUACACGUCAAAGCUAUUAUAAAAACAACAAAAAAAAGUGUUUGCAAUGUUCAAAUGGAAUUAUUGCUGAAACAUGGAAAAACCAGUCCUCUACGUGUAAGCUAAUAACUUCAGCACAAAUCAGAUGGGUUUAUUUUAUGUUCUCUCCGUUUUUUAAACUAAAAAAAUUCAAAUUCUAUUAAAGAGGCUGUCAUGAUAACCAUGUCACUCACAUGGUAAAAGCAUCACGUGAGGGUAAAAAAAAGGUGAAAACGUCAGUGAGCAGAGAAGGUCACGGGUUCACGUUAACUCUGGCAAAGGUCACAAGUGCUCACUGUACUACAGUUGCAGUCUAAGACCCUUUCAACCAGACGGUGGUCAUUGACAUGGAGAACUAUCCGCAAGAGGUGGUCUAUAGAGAAUAAUCCCAGUGUAUUUUUAUCCAUUGAAUUAACUGUCAUGCAGAUGAGUAUACUAUGUACUUGUGUCUUGUUGUCAUGCAAAGUGUACAGACAGGUUAUUAUAAGGUACUUUAAACAAGGAGAAGCAGUGACAGCGGAAAGAGGACUUUAAAAGUUUUGUAAUGAAAAACUUCUUCCCAAAUUUACCAGGCCCCUGGACGAAGGUGCAAAAGAAAUAUGAAAAUGCUAAGGAAAAAAAAUCUAUAUAUAAAUAUAUAUACAUAGAGAGAAUAUGAUUUUGUGAGUCAGCUGAAUUUCAGUACUUACAGAGAAGCUAAUACCCCACGUUUUUAGUGGGGGGAAUUAAAUAACAAUCUCUAGAAGGAUUUAAAUAUUAUGUCAGUCUACCAAUGAGAGUAUGAGUGGCGCCAAGGAAUGCUGUUGUUGCAUGUUAACCUAUACACAGCUAUAUUGAGGUGGAUUUCUCAAUGUGUGUCCUCAAGGACCUUCUAUUUAGUGAGUUCAUAGACAGUGUCCUGUCAGUGAUGUUUGGUCAUUUAGUUGAUGAAUAAUUUCCGUUCUACCUGUAAAUACAGCAACAAAUCCUUGACUGUUUGAUCAUACAUAAAUGACAGGUCCGUUGCAAUGAAAUCUCACUCCCUCUCUCUCAGGGGUCCUUUAGGACCUGUGUUGGGGAGAGCCCUGGUCGGUCAUACAAGGGUCGUCCAUGAAGCUUGGUGACGUUUGUACAUUCCUGUUUUGAGAAAUGCAGCAGGGCAAGCCUGAAAAGAAGUGCGUUAAUAUUUAGACUUCUCAUAAUCAUGCACUUACUGAAAAGUGGUACGUCCUGCCUUUAAAAUGUCAAGAAAUUAGUAAUUAUUUGCUCACAAAGAGGUGUGUGUAUUUGUGUAUGCGAUGGAUUGGCACCCUGUCCAGGGUGUACCCUGCCUUGUGCCCUAAGCUUCCUGGGAUAGGCUCCAGGUCCCCAAGACCCUGAAUACAGGAUAAAGCGGUAUAGAAGAUGAGUGAGUGGUAACAAAGGAGUCUGCAUUUUUACUUUAUUAUUUAUGCAUUUAAAACGUCUUUACUUAAAAGUUGAGUUUCAAAUACUCAGAACAUUUAAAUUCUUCAAAAACCAGGAAGUCACGUUGACUUACACAACAGCCAAUAGCAUCCAUGAUAUGCCAUUUCCCUGCCAAAUGUAACCAAACCUGAUAAAUGCUUAGGGAACUAGGUUAAAAUGGAGAGGCAAGGACCUGGGGAUGCAUUCUCACUAUUUAACAUUUUAACCUUAAUUAUAUACCAGAUGAUGACUUGUUUCUGGAGGUGUGCGACAUUUAGGGUUCUAGAAUGAGUUAAAUUUUUUAAUGAUCAGCAAAGUCAUCAAAAAAAUAGAAAAAAUUCCCAAGGUUCUUUUUGGUGAAUUUUUCAUAUACAGUAUUGUAUCUGGUGUCCAUAAUGUCGAGAGACAGGCGCAAGAAACUGUGAAACACCAAUUUUAAUUUCAUGAGCACUUUAAUGAGGAGAAGACGUUCACAAGAGUUGAGGAAAAAACAAAACCACCUUUAAGAGCUUGCAAACUCACAGGACAAGAAUUGUCAGAUUGCUUGUUUUUGUCGAUGGGGUUCGCCUAGCUUCCAUUGGCGUGAAGGUCGAGUCAUACUUUUGCACAAUAUCUAUUUACUUCUUAUCCACAAUGUAUUAUUUGUGGAAACCAUCUGAACAUCAGCCUUUAAAAAGAUUUUUUAGAACUUAGAGUAUUCGAACUCGCAAAAAAAAAAACAAGACUGCUGAAUGUUCCUUACUAACUCAAAUUUCAUAAGAUGUGGGUCUGCAGAUUGGCGAUACCCUCAAGCAGAAACUUCAAUUCUAGAAACCUGCAAGGCUCAAAAUAAGGACGCACAAACAAUUGGAAAGCUUGACUGUCGAUCAUUGUGUGCCCGACCAGGAAAGCCGACUUUAAUGUUACUUGUUGGGGAGCAUACUCUUCAGCAUUGGUGCCUUAUACUCCACUUGCUUACACGCUGGCUGGUGCUUUGGAUCAAAGUUUGAGUUCUUGUCUCUCCUUUAUCUUUUUUUUGUCAUUAUUAUUUUUUAAGGCUUUAUUGGGCAUGCUUUCCUCACACACAACUGCCUGACUUUUGUUGGACUUGCUUAGUAUCCUAAAGAUAAGACGGGCGUUUCGCACAUUCUAAUGCUCCUGACCCUCAGUCUUAUCCUAACUACUGACUCAGUCUCUCCCUUCCCAUGUUGUCAUUGAAUCUCUUCAGCAUCAGCCCACAUGUAAACUCAGACAUGGGUUGGUAGCCUUGAAAAUGCAGUGCAGUCUUUUAACUGCUCUUCAUAUGUCAGGCUAUGGGAAGGGGCAAACUAGAGACUGGUUUGUGGACUAGGUUUGGCUGUGGGUGCCCAAUUUUAACCUUUGUAAGUGUCUGCUCACAGCUCGAGAUCUUGGCAGCAGUUUGUCAGUGGCUCAUUUACAGGUUAUGGCCAGCACGUUUUCUUUUUCUUUUUUUCAUCCCAUUCUUUGAUUUUCCACAGCACUUGUCAUGGCUUUUAGUUUUCUUUACAUUAUUUCAUUACCAUGUGCAAUAUAAAAUGUGCCAAUGAUGGCAUUAUGUAUAUCAAUUAAAAAAGAGUUCAUAUUAGAAAGCAUGUGGCUGAAUUCCACAUUUAUUUUCCUGAGGUUUCAAAAGCCUUUAUCUGCACUUAUAAUUAAAAGGUCUGGGUCGAAAAGAAAAAAAAAACAAGCUAAAUGAGCAAACUCCACCCAACCUGGUCAAACUAACACCAACUAGCACUUUUAGAGAUCAUCCAUAUGCUCCAUGUAAUGUUUCCAUUUCUCUGAAUGUGUGAAGGAAGGCGGAGCAAGUAUGUCGAUUGAUUGGUCAUAAAAGCGCUACUUGUGUUUUAAGCCUCAGGCAGAGGCAUUACACAUGUAUUCAUGCUUCUUAAUUGGUUUUCUGUUCUGUGGGAAGGCUUGAAUGAAGGUGUCUGGUGGACUCUUCUGUCGUCAGUGGUUGUCAGUAGCACAUUGCUUUCCCAGCUGGAAAAAAAAAAAAAUACGCCUGACCAAUCUCUGUUUGAAAAUUCUCUGAACAAGGAAUGUCUAGUGCAAUUUCUUUUUCUUUUCUUUUAUGUUCCCUCCCUUUGCAAGAAUGAUUACUGAAUAACACGUUUGGUGGUGAUGCGUCAAAUAUAAUUUAUGUACAUUUUACAAAUUUUAAAAUAAAAGAAAUGUUAAUUUACCCACAUCACUAAAAAAAAAGAGUUUAAUUUUCAA